AUGGCCAACUCCCCGGCGCCCUCACCCAACUCGGAGACUGGCCGCCCAACAUUGUCAGAUAUAAGCUCCAACCUCAGAGCGCUACCCACCAACAUGGUCACCAAGUUGGACCAGCACACCUUAUCAGCAGAUAUUCAUGCAGCUAUUCGCACAGAAGUGGCCACGUUGAGGAAGGAGAUGGCAUCCCAGGGGAGUCGCAUACAGGCUUCUGGAAGCCUUCGGCGCAGUCCCUACAGGCGCUCAAUGAAACCUCUAGCGUCGCCCUGA